AUGUUUUUUCUGCCCAGGCUUAUGAUCAAUGAUCCUAUCAGCCAACCAACAUUAGUAAGUGGAGAGAGUGGAGCUGGCAAGGCAGAAAGCACUAAAAGUCUUAUGCAGUAUCUUGCUUUUAUGGGCGGUAAACCUCAAGCUGAGGGAACGUCAGUGCAACAACAAAUUCUAGAGGUGUGUUCCUCUGUGGAACUUUGCACCCUUCUUUUGUUGGUAGAACAAACACAUUUGGCAUGA